AUGGGUGACCACUUGCCAGCGUGUGUUAUUGAUGUAGGUACCGGCUAUACCAAAUUGGGUUUCGCCGGUAAUAAGGAGCCUCAGUUUAUCAUUCCGUCAGCCAUAGCGAUAAAAGAAACUGCUAAAGUUGGUGAUCAGAGUACUAGGCGUAUGACUAAAGCAGUUGAAGAUUUAGAUUUCUUUAUUGGUGAUGAGGCAUUCGAAGCAACAGGAUAUUCAGUGAAAUAUCCUGUUCGUCAUGGUCUAGUGGAGGACUGGGAUUUAAUGGAAAGGUACAUUGAACAAUGUAUUUUCAAAUAUCUUCGAGCGGAACCAGAAGAUCAUCACUUUUUAAUUACCGAACCACCAUUAAAUACACCGGAAAAUCGUGAAUACUUAGCAGAGAUUAUGUUUGAAUCGUUCAAUGUACCUGGGUUGUACAUUGCAGUACAAGCUGUUCUCGCACUCGCCGCAUCAUGGAAAUCGCGUACAUCGGCUGGCCGCACCUUUACAGGAAUUGUUGUGGAUAGUGGUGAUGGAGUUACUCAUAUUGUGCCUGUAGCAGAAGGUUAUGUGAUUGGGUCAUGUAUUAAACAUAUUCCCAUAGCUGGCCGAAAUAUCACAUCAUUCAUUCAGUCACUGCUUCGUGAACGUGAAGUAGGUAUCCCUCCAGAACAGAGCUUAGAAACCGCAAAGGCAAUAAAGGAAAGGUACAGUUAUAUUUGCCCUGAUAUUGCAAAGGAAUUUGCAAAGUAUGAUUCUGAUCCAGGUAAGUGGAUGAAAAAGUAUACGGGGACUAAUGCAAUUACAAAAAAUCCUUUCUCAGUUGAUGUUGGAUAUGAAAGGUUUUUGGGACCAGAAAUUUUCUUCCAUCCAGAAUUUUCUAAUGCUGAUUUUACUGUGCCUUUAAAUGAGAUGGUAGAUGAAGUUAUUCAAAGUUGUCCUAUUGAUGUGAGAAGAGGUUUAUAUGGAAAUAUUGUUUUGUCUGGGGGUUCUACUAUGUUUAGAGACUUUGGGAGAAGACUUCAAAGAGACAUCAAAAGAACUGUAGAUGCUAGAUUGAAACUAUCUACAAUGUUGUCGGAGGGACGAAUUACACCCAAGCCAAUUGAUGUUCAAGUUAUAUCACAUAACAUGCAAAGAUAUGCUGUGUGGUUUGGUGGAAGUAUGCUGGGUUCUACACCUGAAUUUUAUCAAGUGUGUCACAGCAAACAAGCGUAUAUGGAAUAUGGUCCUAGUAUUUGCAGGCACAAUCCAGUAUUUGGUACCAUGACA